AUGCAUAGGCCCGAGGGGUUUGUACCGUUCCCGACCAUCGCCGACGCUAAUAAGGUAUCCAAGCCUCGACUGACUAUCGUCGUGGCCUGUGUGGAUCCUCGAUGUAGCAUUGAUAAAUUCAUCGACCUGAACCUCGGAGUGCCCAACGGUGAGAUGGUUAUGGUCUCUCGAAACGCCGGUGGCAAUAUUCGCUUUGCGGUUCGGGAUAUUCUCCUCCUAGACACGAGAUUUGUGAUUGAGGAACUCGUCGUCGUUCAUCACACCGAUUGCGGUUCUCUGAUGUUUACGGAUGAUUGGAUGCGUACCACCGUCAAAGCGCGAGUAGGUGAAAGUUACUCGGAGGAAAUUGACCAAAUCGACUGGGGUGCAAACACAGACAUGGCAGGCAGUGUUAAGGAUGAUCUUGAGUGGCUUCGUGCCACUCAGCUCAUCAGAGCUGAGCUGAGGAAUAAGGCGCGAGGCUUCCUAUUCGACAUCAAGACUGGAAGGGCCGAGGAGAUCAAACUCGCUUAA